AUGAACGAAGAUAUCGAAAGGUGGCUUCGGAUUUAUUUGAAAUGCUUCAUAAAUGCAAUUUUGUACUAUAGAAAUGUAUAUCCGAAGGAAUCAUUUGCUUGGACCACAUAUCAAGCGUUCAACCUUCCUCGCCAUAUGCCUAUAAAUCGAUACCCCGAAUUACAGGACUACAUAGAUGAGCUAAUACUUGAUGUCCUAAGCAAAUUGCAGCACGUGCGAUGUUUCAACCUGAAUAUUAUAAGGAAUAAAGAGACUGAAGUCGAUCAACCUUCUUCGAUUCAGGUCUGGGAGAGGUACGUUCUAGACUUUUCUGAUUGGGUCCAUGGCGCCAAUGAAGAAACUACAGCUAAUGAAAUAGAAGGCCAGGUCUUUGAUGAACUUCGAGCGGCAUUAAAUGAUCUAUUAAGAAGAAUAGAAACAUUACCAUCGGUUAGACCCGGUAGCGUUACGUUUGAAGCCUGUAUAGAUGCGAUUGAUUUAACUUUAGGGCGUACCAUGACGGCGGUUAAUACCAAAGAAGAAAAAGUUUCACUAGAUAGAAGUGUUAAUUGGGUAAUAUGCCACAAUGAUGAGUUCACACGUAAUCAAAAUCUUAGGUUUGCCAUUGACCCUCCUGAAGUCCAAUUUAUGCCAUUAAUUGGGUGCGAAGUGGGCCCAAUUAUAAUUGGCCAGUACUUUGAAAGAAUACUAUUGCCGAAAUCGACCACUGAUACGAUCUAUGAAGAAAGUAGCGAAUAA